AUGGUGGUCACCUGCGACCUCGGUGACUCGACACAGGUACUGGCAAAUAGGUACCUAGGUCAGAAGGUCGCCCGCACUCAAGUGGUUCUGACGCGUAUGCUGUUCUCCUCUUGUCCCAUCCUCUACUGGUAUUGCGCUUCGAUUCUUGUCGAUGAGGACCUCUUUUCUCUGUCAAAAGACCGAAAAAAUAUGAAGCCGUUCUCCGUAGGACUCAGUAUUUCUAGAAUGGCUGCAAUCCUCUCUCCAACCUCCUAUCCGUCUACACACCAGAAAGUUCUUCUACUCUAUUUCUAUGCCUACAUCCUUAUUGGAUGCAUUAUGCACCCAAACUUCCUCCCCUGGACCUGA